UUUGAAGGAAAGAAAAUUAUACUGCCUUAACUCAAGGAGGAGAAAUAUACUGUAAAAAAAGAAGAAUAAUAACAAUUAUAUUAUUUUAGGUGCCUGUCUUUCUUUUUUCUCUAUGCUUGCUGCAAUCUGGACUGGAGUAGUAGUAUUGACUAGUGAGCAGCAGCAGCCAGAGAUAUAGUAGGUAGGAAUUUACCGGAUUUCUUCUUUUUUAUUUAUCAAAACUCUUGAAUUUAGUUCCCGGAAAUCGUGUGUUGGUUUUGUGGAUUAUUCUUUCUUGUUUCUCUAUCAAAAUCUCCAGUCCAGAAGGAGGAGAAGAGAAAAUGGCUAUAGAUCCGAGACAGAUUUUGGGUGGUAUUCUUACCUUCACUAUGUUUGCAAUGCUUGGUAAUAUGGUCAAGAGAGAUCAUUUUGAUAAUCCUAUCAUUAGUCAGGGGAGAGUUACGGAGUUCCAAGCAGUCGAUUUCGAGAAAGUUGAAGUUACAAAGCAAAGUCUUGUUAGUGUCUCUAGAAAUGGACCUUGGCAGGAGGCUGGAAACGAGCUUAAGCAGUGCUGGACCAGGCCAGACUCAGUUGAGCACUCCAAGGGCUUCAUCACAUUCUCGUUGACUAAUGGUCCUGAAUACCAUGUCUCACAGAUUGCUGAUGCCGUGGCAAUUGCCAGAUAUCUGGGGGCAAAACUUGUACUUCCUGAUAUCAGAGGAAGCAAAAUUGGAGAUUCAAGGGACUUCGGAGAAAUUUACGAUGUGGAGAAGUUUGUUGAAAGCCUGGACGGUGUGGUAAAAGUAGUGAAGGAAAAACCUUCUGAAAUCUCAAAGUUCGCUGUUAUCAGGGUACCCAACAUGGUUACUCAAGACUUCAUUGCCGAAAACAUUAAACCCUUAUUUAAAGCAAAGGGUAACAUCAGGCUUGCAACUUACUUUCCCUCAGUAAAUAUGAAAAAGAAGAAAGAAAAAAAUGCGUUGGACUCUGUUUCGUGCUUGGCCAUGUUUGGGAGUCUAGAGUUGCAACCAGAGGUUCGUGAAGUAGUUGACUCUAUGGUGGAUAAGCUAAGAACUUUGAGUCGUAAGUCAGAUGGUCAGUUCAUCGCUGUGGAUUUGAGAAUGGAAAUUUUGGAGAAGACAAAUUGUCAAGGUCUUAGUGGAGAGAAAAGUUGUUUCUAUCCACAGGACAUUGGUUCGUUUUUGAGAAAUGUUGGCUUUAACACCGAUACUACUAUUUACGUGACUCAAAGGAAGUGGCACAAAAGUUUGGAUGCUCUCAAGGAAAUUUUCCCAAGAACAUAUACAAAGGACAGUAUAAUUCCUGCAGAAAAGAAAACAAAGUUUCUAAGCUCAGAAAGUUUAGAACUUGAGAAAGCUAUCGAUUUCCACAUUUGCUCGGAAAGUGAUGUGUUUGUGCCAUCCAUCUCUGGUUUGUUUUAUGCAAAUGUUGCUGGAAAGAGAAUUGCUUCAGGGAAAACCCAAAUACUUGUUCCAACUGAACGAGACACCUCUUCUCCAACCACAAAUUUCAUCUCAUCGUACAUUUCCAAGAAAGACCACUUUGUACAUUCAUGUUACUGUGAAGUAGGAGCCAGGUAAAAACCUGUCUCUUCAUAUAGCUAAUGAGUCAUUCAUUGUGUUGCUUUCGGUUUGUCUCUUUCUGCUAGUAUCCGUCCUUACACUUCUCGUAUCUGGAUGAACAAAAUUCCAUAUCCCGCUUUUGUGUACUGGAAGAGAGAAAGGAAAAGAAAAAGUGUAGAGAAAGAUCUGUUGUUUGUUAAACUGUGUUGAAUGUGUUAUAAGUAAAGCUUAUAGUCUCUGUUCACCUUUUCUAAUGACUUGGUUACCAUUUUAAAGCUUAGUUUUCAGUUCACUGUGAUGUACUGUUAAAUUUUUGUUUUUCUCAUGUUUUUCCGGUCAGAGUGAUAUGUAAAUCAAUUGGGCUUGAAACCCCAGAAUUCUUAAUAUUAUUUAGCUUCAUUCCUUGA